GGGCGGAACCGCCCGGCCCGCGUCCGCGCCCCGCCCGCCGCGCGCCUCCCGCGGCCGCUCCGGACAUGUCGGGCCCCCGCGCCGGCUUCUACCGCCAGGAGCUGAACCAGACGCUGUGGGAGGUGCCGCUGCGGCUGCAGGGGCUGCGGCCGGUGGGCUCCGGCGCCUACGGCUCCGUGUGCUCGGCCUAUGAUUCUCAAUUGCGCCAGAAAGUGGCGGUGAAGAAGCUGUCGCGACCUUUCCAGUCGCUGGUCCACGCGCGGAGGACCUACAGGGAACUGCGGCUGCUCAAGCACCUCAAACACGAGAAUGUCAUCACACUCCUGGACGUCUUCACACCAGCCACGUCCAUCGAGGACUUCAGCGAAGUGUACCUGGUCACCACCCUGAUGGGCGCCGACCUGAACAGCAUCGUCAAGUGCCAGGCUCUGAGCGAUGAGCACAUCCAGUUCCUGGUGUACCAGCUGCUGCGUGGGCUGAAGUACAUCCACUCGGCUGGCAUCAUCCACCGGGACCUGAAGCCCAGCAACGUGGCUGUGAACGAGGACUGUGAGCUCAAGAUCCUGGACUUCGGGCUGGCUCGCCAGGCGGACGAGGAGAUGACCGGCUACGUGGCCACGCGCUGGUACCGGGCCCCAGAGAUUAUGCUGAACUGGAUGCAUUACAACCAGACAGUGGACAUCUGGUCCGUGGGCUGCAUCAUGGCCGAGCUGCUCCAGGGGAAGGCCCUCUUCCCGGGAAGCGACUACAUCGAUCAGCUGAAGCGCAUCAUGGAGGUGGUGGGGACGCCCAGCCCUGAGGUUCUGGCGAAGAUUUCCUCAGAACACGCCCGGACCUACAUCCAGUCCCUGCCUCCCAUGCCGCAGAAGGACCUCAGGAGCAUCUUCCGGGGAGCCAGCCCCCUGGCUGUGGACCUCCUGGGAAGGAUGCUGGUGCUGGACAGUGAUCAGAGGGUCAGUGCGGCGGAGGCGCUGGCCCACGCCUACUUCAGCCAGUACCACGACCCCGAUGACGAGCCCGAGGCUGAGCCCUACGACCAAAGCCUGGAGGCCACGGAGCACACCCUGGAGCAGUGGAAGGAGCUCACCUAUCAGGAGGUGCUCAACUUCAAACCCCCGGAGCCAGCCCAGCCACCGGGCAGCCUGGAGAUUGAGCAGUGAGGUGCUGCCGACCAGGCCACACUGCCGCUCGGGGCCGGAGCCCCGUCUUCACCCUGCCG